UGUAUAUUACCUGCCUUCUUUCUCCCUUGUUUAAUUGAAAUAAUGAAAUUGUUUAGUCUUAUAAAAUAGUUCUGUCAUUUUUUUAUUUCCUUCAUUUAUGAAAUUUCAGGUGGCACUGAAAUGUUACUAACCCAAGACAUAUAAAUUCUGUUCCUUGAUUCGCUCCUAAUCAGAAGAGUCUCUGGUUCCAUUAUGGCCACCUCAAGACAUUCUGAGGUACAUAGCACCAGAAAGAAAAAUGAAGGCAAGACAGCUCUUUCAUCUGAACGUCCAGUAGACAUCGGUGACUGGAACAGCGAACAUGUGAGACAAUGGAUGCUCGAGAUACAAAUGGAUAAAGAAUAUGCAGACAUGUUGUACAAUCAGGGACUGAAUGGAGCUGGUCUUCUCCACUUGAAGGAGGCUAAUCGUUUAAUGCAAAACCUACCAUCAAAUGCAAAAGAAUUGAUUUUUCAAAACAUAGACAGUUUGAAAGAAACGACUCAAGAGCUGAAUGACAUGGUGGCUCAGUCUUGUAGCUUGAAGCCUUACCCUUUCAAUAGAUAUGAUGCUACUUACAGGUACACAGAAAACUGCAUUCUAGAUGUAACUGAAACUGGUCCUAAAGACCUCAUACAACCAUGCCAUGAAUUCAAAGCCUUGACCAACACAAAAGAAGGAAAGUAUAGAAUGGAGAAAUACAUCCUUGAAGUAAUUCCAUUUGCAGCAGCUUGUAUGAAUAGUCGCACAAAUGGCACCAUUCAUUUCGGAGUGGGAGACAAACCACAUGGACAAAUUCUGGGUGUUAGCGUCCCGAAAACAGAUGAUUUUGAUGUAAAGCAGAAACAAGCAAUUGAAAGACAGUUUGAAAAAGAAAAAGUUCAAAUAGCAAAAAGGUGUAUAAAACCCCCUCGAUUUGUUGAAGUUCUCAAAGCUGACAUGACAUUCUCAGGAAAAUAUGUUAUUGAGGUAGACAUUGAGCCGUCCUCCAUUGUCUGUCAAGACGUAUAUUUUAAGACUACUGAUGUGAAAAAGAAAAAAGAUGGCCAGUCUUUUUUUAUAAGAGACGGCAGCAGCAGCAAGCUGGAGGACUAUGACAAAUAUAUUGCUAACAAUCCACGGUUGUCCCAGGAGAGGAAGGAUGCUGAAGAAAAGCAUCUCUCGGUUGUCAAAAUCCAUGCACAUGGCUCUGCGUUGUGUGAGAUGAUAACAGGAGGGACACAUUCUAUGAACAGGUCACGUUUUACGUCGUACAUUGUGGUGGCUAACAAGUCUCAUCCUGUUCAGCUGAAAAACCUGAAGUUCCUUCUUGGUAUGAAUCUAAUGGCCGUUUUGGAUUUUGAUCCACAAUCCGCUGAGAAUGGCUUGAAUAAGCUACUCAAAGAGGAAAAAAUGUUCAAUGAUCAUUUACCUGCUCAGUAUAAAGAUACAGGUGCAGUUGAAGACAUCGCAAGCAGCUUAGAGCUGACUAAAAAGACAAGCUGGGUUUUCUGUAAUGGAGGCAUUAACGGGGAAACUCCCUCAGGUGCUGAUAAUUGGUUGACUGAGAAAGGAUCCUCGGUGCGUGAUGUAGUUUCUUUCCUGUGCCAAAAAGUGCUGCCUCGCAAGAAACUUCUUGUCAUUUUCUUGCUAUUUAGUCAGGUGAGCAAAGCCAGCGACCCUUUGCUUCAGACCUUCAGUAUGUUUCUACAGGAGCUUAUGGGACAAAACCAAAUCUUGUGCAUCAGUGACAAUGAAACGUCGCACACCUACUGGAUUGAUCUCAUCAAGCAGCAACAUGCAUGUGACACGUCGAAAUGCAUUUAUGAGCUAAGUUUUGCUGAAAUCAAUGGCACCAUCCUCAGUCUGUGGUCAGAGAUUGACAAAUUAAUACGGUUUCUGCCUUGUAGUGGUGGCAGUAAGGUUGUGCUAUCAAAGAAAACCGAGGAAUCCUUACAUAUGCUCAGUAUUCUUUGUGUGAACCAAUGUGAUGGAGGACAUCAAUGUCAGGCAUUUAUGUCAGGAAUCCAAUGUGUCUCUGUUUGGUUGCAGUGAAACAUGGUUGGAUGACUCAAUAUUGGACGCAGAAAUAUAUAUAGCAAAUUAUUGUUUGUUAAGAAGCGAUAGGAAUCGCAAGGGUGGUGGAGUAUGUGCAUAUAUUAGAUCAGAUGUCAUGUUUAAGGAGAGAAAAGACUUGGAUAGUGCUGCUAUUGAAGCUGUUUGGCUGGAUAUUUUUUUACCUAAGAGUAAACCGAUUUUAGUAGGUAUUUGCUAUCGUCCACCUGAUCAAAAUGAUUUUUAUGAGAGACUUGAUGAGAUUUUAAGUGCUUCUAAUUUUAAUAUUGGUCAAGAGUUAAUAAUCAUAGGGGAUUUAAAUACGGAUAUGCAAAAACAUGAUACUUCAAUAUACAAACAUUUUAAUUUAUUUUGUGAAUCAUAUGUGUUGAAACAGAUUAUUGUGGAUCCUACUAGAAUUACGCCUAAAACUGAAACCGUCAUUGACAUUAUUGGUAUUGGUAUCUGACAAUUGUAAGAUUUGUAGAAGUGGUGUUUUGGAUGCUGGUAUUAGUGAUCAUUGUAUAGUAUAUGUAAUCAGGAAAUCUAAGAGAGAUGUCAUAAAGCAACAUAAUACAGUAAAAUUGAGAUCUCUUAAAAAAUACAGUCCACAAGACUUUAUGGAAGAACUUAAUAAGGUUGAUUGGACUGGAGUGUUACUAUGUGAGGAUGUGGAUAUGGCCUGGGAUAGGUUCAAGAUUAUUUUUUUAGAGGUUUUGAGCAAGGUUGCACCUUAUAAGGAAAUAAGAAUUAAGCAAAGGACUGAACCUUGGAUGAAGGAUAGUAUUUUAAAGGUAAUUAAGGAGCGUAAUGAUAGUUUUAAGGUUUUUAAAAGGGAUAGAAAUAAUGAUAACUUUGAGGCAUUUCAACGUAAAAGGAAUGAGGCAAGAGAUAAGGUAAAAGAGGCUAAGAAAACCUUUUUUAAGGAUAAGAUUAGUGAAUUAAAACAAGAUUCUAAAAAAUUAUGGAGAGUAUUAAAUGAAUUCGGGUAUCAGGUAAAGACUAAGAUAAAAUGUUCUAAAUUAGC